AUGGCUUUGCUUUUUACUCUAUCCACGGCCCGGAAUGGAACCGGACCUCUUACCCUCCGUAUCAAUUCCGGCUCCUGGAACACGCCGAGCAGCCAAGGCAAGAAGAGGCGGACGACUCGAGCAACAGAGGCAAGAAGAGGUAACACAAGGCAGCGCGGGGCGACCACGGAGCGGCGCGGGGCGACUACGGGGCGGCGCCCUUCGCCAUCCUCGUCCUUCUUGCCGGUUUUGGAGAACCUUAGGAUGCUGAGAUGUGAUUUUGGGAAACAAGAGACUACUACUAGAUACAGCAAGUACAAGACUCCUUUGAAAGCUUCAGUACCUUGAUUUUGUUCGUUAGGUGGUCAGUGAUAUGGACCAUAUAAAUUCUUCAAUCGACUGUAUAUGCGGAGAGUUCUGAAGGGUGCAUGUUCUUCCACGAGACUUACAGUUGAUUCUCCAUUUUUUUGAUAGAGCUAUGUUAUUCUCGUGUAAAUUUCCAUCUUGCAAUUGUGAGCUCAUGAAGUUUUAUUUUCUAGUAGCAGUCUUGUCCUAUAUGACAGCCAGUGCACUAGCAGCUGCAAGUAGUAGUUUCUUUUUCUUCUAUAUAUGUGUUGAUGUCAUCCUGUCUAGCCGAACACAUUUCUGAA